AUGUCUAUGAUAUCAGCAUUCCGACCACCGUCUGUGCGUGCUUCUUCUGUUCGCCGCAGAUCAGAACUACGCCGACGAAGGCAUAGACAUGACUUCAAUCCUACAGAUUCAGAUUCAGAUGGCCACAGCGAAGACCCUGAUGCCCACUCUGUUAUUACUCCAUCCAAGCAUACUCCCCGACCCCUCCAAGCCUUGCGUGGCUCAGUGGCUGCUGGUGGCCCAUUACGACCCUUCCGCCUGAUCAAACAAGAUCUUGUUAGCCUACGCCGGCGAUAUGCCUCAGACUGGACUGUAUUCAAUCAGCUAGUUUUUGCCAGCGCAGUCUAUAUCUUUUUCACUAAUCUGCUGCCUGGGAUCACCUUUGCGAGUGAUCUCUAUGUCCUGACAGGUAAAAGCUGGGGCACCAUCGAGGUGGUCUUUAGCACUGGCCUAUGUGGGAUGAUUUUCUCGCUGUUCUCGAUCCAACCCCUCACCAUCCUUGGCGUAACGGGCCCUUUCUCCGUGUUGGCUGAGAACAUCUACUCGCUCUGCGAAGAUGCAUUCAAGAUUCCGUUUUUGCCGUUCAUGGCCUGGUCGUUGAUUCAUUCUGCAUGGCUACAUUACAUUCUAGCUAUCAUCAACGCACACGACUGGACCAUGCGUUAUGUCACAACAUUCGCAACAGAGAUAUUCUCACUCCUAAACAGCAUUAUCUACUUCCAUAAAGCCAUUCAAGAGUUAGAGAGAGCCCAUGCCACUCUAUCCUUUGCUGCCUUCCUCUACGCGGUAAUCGGCGCUGUGGGAACAAUGCUUCUCGCAAUCUUUCUAUCAACAGCUGAGAGCUGGAAGCCAUUGUUUCAUCGAUACAUCCGUCUCGGUUUGACCGAGUACGCUGCCGCUAUUUCUAUCAUAGUGUUCAUUGGAUUGCCAUACGUGGGUGAACUGGCUGAUUUGGACAAAGUGACACUACCUGUCAGUACAUCAUUUCGCCCAACAUCACCUGAAAGAGAUAUUUUCUUCGUGGAAUUUUGGAAACUUCCACUAACGUGGAUAUUCGCCGCUAUCGUUCCGGGAUUGAUUAUUACCAUACUAUUUUUCUUUGAUCACGAAGUCAGCUCGAUAAUAUGCACAAUUGACCGACAUGGAACUCGAAAGCCAGGUGGAUUUGCAUGGGACAUCAUCUUACUGGGAACUACUACGGCUUUGUGUGGUAUUCUAGGCAUUCCACCAGCAAACGGUCUUCUUCCACAGGCACCGCUUCAUUCGGAAUCUUUGAUGCACCCGGAGGAGAAAGAAAUAACCAUUAUUGUGGACGGAGAAGAGAAAGUUGAGAAGCGGGAGGUUCGCCGUGUAUACGAGCAACGCUGGUCCUCUUUUCUUCACUCCAGCGCUAUUCUUCUAUUCAUCAGUCCGCCAUUUAUGAAAGUACUUGGUCUAACGCCCACAAGCGUUCUAGCAGGACUGUUCCUGUUUAUGGGUGAACAGAGUCUGUCUGUGAACCCUAUUCUUUACCGUACCUUCUACCUUCUUACUCCACCAUCCGAGCUACCGCCGUUACCUCAAUCUUUGCACUCGAAGAGCACUCCAGUAACUGAGACCACGGGUGAUACGUCGCCCCGUAAUCCCUCAUAUCUUCCAGUCCACCUGUAUACACUUUUACAAAUUGUCAUAACGGUGGUCAUUUUUAUCCUCACCCUUACACGUGGAGCGCCGGCCUUUCCUGUUCUAAUCAUUGCCCUUGUACCUUUCCGACUAUUGGUGAUGAAUAAAUGGUGGCCACGAGAAGCGCUACGGUUUGUCGAUGCAUGGGCAUGCCGAGAAGGCACACCGGAGGACGAUGAAGACGCAAAGGCAGCAGAAAACAAUGCUGCAUGUGCUGGUAAUGCUGUAGGAGGGCCGGCGGUAGCCUACGCAACUCAUGAUUUGCCAGCAUCGAUGCAACCUGGUGGACCCAGGGCAAGAGGUACAAAUGAUGACUAUGUAGAUCAUGGAUGGGUCGAGCUUGAAGAGCGAGUGCUUUCUCGUGAUUAG